UGGUAUUUACCAUAUAAUUUCCAUAGCACAUGAACGCACCGUAAUGUAUGGUAGGUGUUGUAAAGCAGGCGGUGAUGUAAGGGCGCAGAGCUGUUUCGUCAGCUGCCGGAAAGCAAGCGAAGAAGUGGAAGCGGAAUCAGAGUUUCAUUGAUUGAGGCGCAGGCGGCGGAGCGAGCACGCUGUUCUGUCAGGCGCAGCGAGGGAGAGGUUCAUGUUUGGACUCGUGGCUUGUUUUAAAAUUUGUGGUGGUCAUUAUUGAAGUGAUGAUGGCAGACGAGAAGAUCAGUAUCGAAAGAGAGAUUUCUAACGGCCGGGCGCAUCUCUCCGAGCCGGUCGAGAAGAGUCGAGGCGCUUCAGAAACCUCCUGGGAGAAGUUCAAGAGGAUCGCGAAAGAGAACUUGCUGGUGAUGUUGACGGUGGCUGCGGUUAUCGCCGGCGUCUGUAUUGGACUCGGAGUGCGGAGCGCAGAGCUCUCCCCAGCUCAGGUGAUUUAUUUCGGUUUCCCUGGGGAGCUGUUAAUCCGCCUGCUGAAGAUGAUCAUCAUCCCGCUGGUGGUGUGCAGCCUCGUGUCCGGAGCCGCGAGCAUCGACCCGAAAGCUUUAGGGAAACUGGGCGGCUGGGCGAUGCUCUUCUUUUUAUUCACCACGUUAGUUUCAUCGGCAGUUGGUGUGAUUAUGGCGUUGAUCAUUCAGCCAGGCUCGUCUGAAGGAGCCAAGCAGAAGAUGCCUGGCAUUAAUGAGAGUAUACCCAAGAGGAAGGACGUGGUGGACUCGUUUUUGGACCUAAUAAGAAACAUCUUCCCCUCCAACUUGGUGGCUGCUGCUUUUCAGUCGUAUGCUACUGAUUAUAACUUUGUGAAACCCAACAAGACUGAUUCCAACAUCACUUUGGAAAAGGUUCCAUUUGGUACAGAUGUGAACGGCAUGAACAUUCUGGGUCUAAUUGUGUUUGCUAUGGCGUUUGGUGUGGCCUUGAGGAGACUGGGCAAGGACGGGGAGAUCCUAAUUAAGUUUUUUAACUCCUUCAAUGAGGCUACUAUGAUACUCGUAUCCUGGAUCAUGUGGUAUGCCCCGCUGGGUAUCAUGUUCCUGGUCGCUGCUAAGAUUGUUGAGAUGGAGGAUGUAGGGACACUAUUUGCCAGCUUGGGAAAGUAUAUUGCCUGCUGUAUGGUUGGUCAUGCGGUGCAUGGUCUGCUCAUCCUGCCACUAAUUUACUUUGUGAUCACACGGAAGAACCCCUACACUUUUAUCAUGGGCACGAUUACUGCUUUGGCAACUGCUUUUGGAACCUCGUCCAGUUCUGCAACACUGCCUUUGAUGAUGAAGUGUGUGGAGGAGAACAACGGUGUAUCAAAGCAUAUCAGUCGCUUCAUCCUACCUAUUGGUGCCACGGUCAACAUGGACGGAGCCGCUUGCUUCCAGUGUGUGGCUGCUGUCUUUAUUGCACAAUUAAAUGACAUUCCACUCAACUUUGCCCAGAUUAUCACCAUACUGGUGACGGCCACAGCUUCAAGUGUGGGGGCUGCAGGGAUCCCUGCUGGAGGUGUGCUAACGCUGGCUAUCAUCCUGGAGGCAGUGGGAUUGCCCACUAAAGACCUCUCUUUCAUCUUGGCUGUAGACUGGCUUGUAGAUCGCACCUGCACAGUCAUCAAUGUCGAGGGUGAUGCUUUUGGGGCAGGGCUGCUGCAGCACUUGACUGAUCGCACGAGCAAGAAUGUGGAGGUCGAGCUGAGUGAAGUACAUUUGGAAGAAGCUGAGUGUCCAGUGAAACUGAAGUACCCUCCUCUCCUUGAGGAACAUGCUGAAUCAAAAUUCCCUGGUUCUCUGACCUCUGAAAAGCAUUAUAUAUAAUGUAGACUCACACACAACGUGAUUUAUUCUUGCAUCUCUUUCAACCUGUGCUGUAAGGCAGGGGUCUUCAGUCUUCUCCACAACGGGCUAAUGUGGCUAUACGGGAGGUUUUCAUUCCAACCAAGCAGGAGCCUUGAUUUCAGUUAAUCUCCAACCAACUAUACAUAUGUACGCCCUAUUUAGCUGGAAUGAAGCCUGUAGCCAUAUCAGCCCUUGGUCGUUAAGAUGAAAGACCCCUCCUAGAAGGGAAAAGGGUAGGAUUUUAUUUAAAAAAAAAAAUCAGAAUAGAUAAUUUCACAAUGCAUCUUUCCGUUCUUGUGUACCUGGGAAAUGAGUCUGAACUGUACUAUAUAUGAAGAGAUACCAGAAGAGGACUUUUAAACAGGAUGCCAUUUCCAAAAGGAUUUUUUUCAUUGUUGGGUUGUUCUAUUGUCAAAAUUAUUUAUUUUUCUUAUUGGGAGUGAAUUUUCUUCAGAUUACUAACACCUUCUGUGCGCUUCGGCAGCGCAUUGAUACGGAGCUCAGAUAUCAAUGUGCUGCCGAAGCGCGCAGAAGGUGUUAGUACGCCUGUCAUUAUAGUGCGGACUUUCCAUAGCAUAGAAAAUCGCUACGUUUCAAUUUGUGUAACUGAACUUGUUUCAUAUCACUGGUCAUAUAAACCUAUGUAAACAGGAAAAACGCGGAAGAGUUUGGUCGCAUCUAACUACAGCCCCAAAAAAUACUGUUGGCCAUACUGAGCCUAGCUACAUUGCUAACAGGAGUGACAGCGCGUCUGACUGCGUCUGACUGACUGGGAGGUCGCGCAAAGCUCGGAUAGGUACGGAGCAGCUCGUCUCAAUUCAGAGAAGAGCAUAUUUCAUUAUGGAAGUACGGUGGACUGUUCCUUUAAAUCCUUUUCCAAUCUGAUGCAGUGAGUUAUUUUCUCAAGAGGUUUUGAAUUAACAGUUUUUCACCAAAGGUGAGGUGGAUUUCGGUGAAUAAUAUCUGAGAUGAUAAGGUUAUUAUUCACCAGCCUGAGGUGGAUAAUUUUUUAGUAUAAAUACACUGGCAUAUAUCCUCAUCUCAUUAUCUGUAGCCGCUUUAUCCUGUUCUACAGGGUCGCAGGCAAGCUGGAGCCUAUCCCAGCUGACUAC